AUGCUACUCAGGCGCGGUGGAGUGCAUGUUACGUCACUUUUCUUCCCCCGUCGUCCCCCUCUCCUUGCGCCGAUCGCUGCACUCUCCAAGACCCUUGGUCGCAGAUCGAAUAACUCGGCUGUCUCCACCGCUUGGGCGGCGCUGGCAACCUCUGCCAAUAUUGCCCGGGUCCGGUGGCUCACGUACUGGGUCGCCUACGGGAGCUGGUGGCACUUGUCUUUGUGUGUGGGCGGGAUUCUAAGAGUAUUGCCCCUCGCCGCACACGCCGAGCUGGCGUUGUUGCUGUGGCUGCAGGUGCCGCUAUUCCGAGGGGGGGAUCGCAUAUUGGAUUUCGGGGAAAGGUGCAUGGAUCGAUGGACUUUCGGUUCUGAUGUUGCAUCCACCCCCGUGCGGCCGCCGCCGCCGCCGCAGCAGCAGCAGCAGCAGCAGCAGCAAGAGGUGAACCGAUAGUAGUCUGGUCACGCGUACAUUACGUGUUUUGGUGCAAUGUUGUGGUGAGCUUCGUUUCAAGAGACGCAAGCUACUCGUACGCUCGAAAGUUUUUUAUCAAGCUGUAGACGGUGCAUGGGUAUCAGUGCGACUUAGGUCCCGUGUGUUUUUUUUGUUUGGCUUUCGGCCAUUUUUGCAGGUGUGUUGUACAAACUGUGAACCCUGUGUGUGUGCGAACUAUGAACGUUUUUGGUUUCGUUAAUCGUGAUGUAGUUUGUGUAGAGAGAAGGCUUCAGGAGGGGAUAAUAAGAAGAGGAGAAAAGGAGGUUGAAGGGAUGGCCAUGCCCUACUAACACGGGUUGAAAAAUGAUGCGGUGAUUGCUGGCUUGAAUGCUGCAGGCCAUGAGGAAACGUGUGUGGUCGUAAGAGUACAAACACGCGUAUGAUUUGGUCUGUAGCUUGGCGCCAUGGACAGUUGUUGUCUGGGUCUGGGAAGCGCAACUAUCCCCUUCUUUCAGUACGUGAUGGUUUUUAAGCAACGAAAACGGAGUGAAAAUGACCGAUUAAAAGUCUUGCUGGGGAGGAGAGCACUU